AUGACUCGAAAAACGCAUGAGAAGAGAACUCAAAGAGUAUUUGGCGUCAAAGACGCUGUGACUGCGUCUCCACAAUAUGAAACUGCAUAUGCCAUGUCUAAUACAGAAGUAGAAGAAAACAAAAAUACUCAAUCAAAUUCUUGCAAAUGUAGAAAGAAGGAUAAAAGAAAGGAUGUUUUUAAACACGACCGAAAUUGGCAAUCUAUUACAAAAUUGUAUGGGGACACUGAUACUACGCACAUCUGGGAUAAUGAAUUACAAAAGCCGAAGGCUGUUUAUAAAACUAAAGAACGAGAACAAAUAGAUCCUUAUUACGAAAGUUAUAAGCCCGAUGUUUACCAAGAAAAUAUCAAUCCGAUAUACAAUGUGAAAUCUAAACCAGCUAAAAUAUCUCUUCUCAGCUUAUAUCGUAGACAUAAGAAAAAUAAAAGUAAAAAAGAUCAAUAUCCAAAAGAAACGCUUUACAAUGAAAAUGUUACAAACAAUCCCUACGUACCAUAUGAACCAAAUAUCGAAUUUAAAUUCACAAAGAAACCUGGAAAAAAAUUUGUAAUAGAUCGUUUCGCCACUGGAGAUGUUUGCAGAGGCGGCCCGUGUCUUGAGGCUUUGGAACAUUUACAGAGAUUACAGGAUCCGAAUGAAAUUGAACUUCCAGAAAAGAAAAAUAGGAACAAUAAGAAAGCAAAGAGCAAGGAAAGAAGGAAAAAGGUAAAAAAGAAAAUAGAAGAAGAAAUUGUAAUUAGAGAAGAUAAUGUUAAAGAUAAAAAAAGGACGGAAGUAAAUAAGAAAAAAUUAAAGAAGAAAAAGGAGAAGGAAAAAAAGAAAAAGGACAUAAAAAAAGAGGAGUCAGAAUUAAAAACCGAUAGUGAAAAAUCUGAUGAUACAACAUAUUCAAAACUCAUUGCAAAAGUAAAGACAGCCAAGGGAAACGCUAAAAACAGCCUUAUAAAGAUGCUAAAGGAAGAUUUGAAUAUUGGACAGGGUGAUCAAGGUGCUUCAUCAAAAAACAAAGAUUUAAAAGAAAUAAAACCAAAACCAAGUUUGAUAGAUAAAAUGUUUAGGGUUACUUGCAAAUGUAAAAGUGAUAACGGCCAUGCUUUUCAAACUGUUUCAAACGCAAAAGAUCAAACUGGGGAACCAUUUUUUGAAAUGAAAGUUGACUCGUCAGAUAUGCAGGUUAUGAAUUCACAAGAAAUUAAUGAAAAAAUAAGAAAAUUAGGGAGAUCAGAAAAGAAAGAUUUGUCGUGCAUCUGUCCUUCAAGAUUAAACCGAUUAGAAUCCCAUAGAGAAAGAACUUGCAGAAAAGGAAUUUGUGAAAAAUAUUUAAAAAAUAAGCAUACUAGUUUCAAUUGCAAGUGUGUGGAGCUUAAGGAUGUCAUAGAAUGCAAAGAUUCUACUUGUAAUUUGAAAACUAAAAGAAAAAAGAAGAUAAAACGUAAAGAAGAGGUGCCGCUAACAUCAGCGGAUAUUGCAAAAAAACCUCUGCUUCAGGUGAUGUUGGAUUCAAAUAAUAUGAAUAUAAUUAAUUCUAAAGAAAUUUUAGAUGCUAUGAGAAAAGCGUCACCAAAUGAAAUAUGUUCUUCUGGCAUCUGUAAAAGAGCAAUAGAUGAGAAUUUUGACGUAAACUGCAGAUGUAUCGGAAAAAAAUUAAAAGCAGGUGUUUUCGAGUGCGAUAAAAGCAGCUGUAAAGAUAGAAAAAAGAAAUGUGCAUUAUCAUAUUAUUGUUCAAAAGUAUUUAGUAAAUCUGAAACUUGGAGCAAACGAGGUAGAAGAACACGGAGGCGACCUAUAAGGCGUUCCCGUGAUGAUUCCAAUAUUAUCGAAAAUAAAAAACAUAUAAGAUCAGAUACAAAUCAAAAAACAGUUACAUUUGAUAUCCCUCGUGGACUUGGGAAAAAACUUGGGAAACAGGCUCCUAAAACGGGAAAAGAGAGAAAAGUGCCAUAUCUAAAAGAGGAACAAUCAAAUAUAUGUAAAUGUUAUUGCGAAUGUUACGGUCAAAAAACUAAAAAAAAAGCCCGAAAACGAAGAAGAAGAAGAAAAAAGGGGUUUUUUAAGAGACGAAAGAGAGACGAUAGGACUUGUUCUGAAAAAGUGACAGAUUGUGUAGAAAAACAACAAGAGAACUGUGAAAAGGAACUUAAAAAGAAGAAAAAACAAUACGUUAAACAAGAAAAGAAAUCUUUAAAAGAGAACAAGAAAAUGGUAGCAGAACAAAAGGAAGUUUCUAAACAAAAUGCACAUCGCUGGAAUUAUAUUACAAAUGUCAUAACUGGCCCUUGA